UCCGGAUCACGUGCAAAAAUCUUGGCGCUCGCUAAUUUCCCACAUCGUGGAUUGUUGAUCAUCACCAACAUCCUCACACUUUAACAUCGAAUCAAUUCAUUACAAUCAGUCUCUUCGAGGAUAAUCCGACGAGUCUGAUCAAUCAAUCAACAUGUCGGACGGAGAAGAGCCCCAAUCCCCCAUCGCGGACGUCGAUGCCGGUGAAGUCGAAGUUUCCGCCGAUGCCCCCUCUGGCCAGAUGUCGGUCCUCGAGGCGCUUAAGGGCGUCCUCAAGCUUGCGCUGAUCCACGACGGCCUGGCCCGCGGACUCCGCGAGGCGACCAAGGCGCUCGACCGUCGCCAGGCGCACAUGUGCGUGCUGAACGAGAAUUGCGAGGAGGAGGCCUACAAGAAGCUGGUGGUGGCGCUGUGCUCGGAGCAUAAGAUCCCGUUGAUCAAGGUGCCGGAUGGCAAGCAGUUGGGCGAGUGGGCUGGAUUGUGCCAGAUUGACCGUGAGGGCAAUGCGAGGAAGGUCGUGAACUGCUCUUGCGUCGUCGUCAAGGACUGGGGUGAGGAAUCUCAGGAACGAUCCGUCCUGCUCAACUACUUCCAGACCGAGCAGUAGACUACCAACACUACUUGAGCCAAUGUCAUAGCGACCGAUAGGUCUCAAUCCCACGUCCUAUGGCGAGAUAGAUUGCACUUGAAUCUAUAUAGCAUCAGGCGAGGUAGCUGAAUCCCCGCGAUUCAAAAUCAAAAGCCGACUUCACCUCAUCCAACCUUUCCCGUAGCAUCAUGAGAAGCGUGAUGUUCUAACCCCGAUUUCACCAUCCCCUUCCGGCCUUCUC